AUGGAGUAUCCUCCUCAAUACCCCCAGGCGCAUGGCCAACACCCCCAUGCCCCUCCUCACAUGCCUGGUCCCUAUCAAUCAGGACCGCCUCAACAGGGUGCACCUGUGGGUUCCAUGGCCUCUCCUUCCAAUGCCCAGCCACCCAUGCAACCCCAGCACCCCUCCCAUCAGACGUCCCCCAUCGUCCCCACCCAGCAGCACUACCAGCAAGCGCCCGGGGGACCGGGAGCCGUCCACCAGCAGAUGACCUUUCCCCAAGGUUAUGGGGUUUCGGCUGCCAUGGGUCAGCCUUAUGGCAUCUCGCCCGGACAAGCUGCCGCCAUGGCCACGGCCGCCGCGUCGGGACAACUCUACCCGUUCCCCCAACAUGAUGCGAUGGGUCAACAGAUGGCGCCUGGCACCCGGGGUUCCCCACGCAUGGGCGGCAUGCCCAUGAAGACCGACCGCAACCCUCGAUCCCCCCCGCAGAUGUCCGGUCCGAUGCCCCCCAUGGGCCAGCAGGUGCAGAUGCAAAGUCAACAGAUGCCGCCCGGUCGCCGCAUGAGCCACAUCGGCAGCCCCAAUGUUGCCCCCGCCCAGCCGGUCAUGAGCCAUGUGGGGCGAGGCUCGAUCGGUCAAGCCAUGGCCGGUCCAUCGCAAGCGGCCCUGCAGACCCAGGCAUCGCCUGAAAUGGUUCCCGGAGGCAACCAGGAAGAGUCGCCUCUGUACGUCAACGCCAAGCAGUUCCACCGUAUCCUCAAGCGGCGCGUGGCCCGUCAGAAGCUUGAAGAACAGCUCCGUCUCACGUCCAAGGGCCGGAAACCAUAUCUGCACGAGUCGCGCCACAACCACGCGAUGCGCCGUCCCCGUGGCCCCGGUGGUCGGUUCUUGACUGCGGACGAGGUGGCUGCCAUGGAGAAGAAGGCUGCCGAGGGAGACGGCGAGGGCUCGGCGGAUCUGGGCAAGGAGAACGGCGCUGCCGGUCAAAAGCGCAAGUCGAGUGAGGUCCACGACGACGGCGGCAGCGCAAAGAAGACCAAGUCGCAUGUGACAGCUGAGGGAAGUGAACAAGAGUCAGCUGACCCAUCUGAUGAGGAUGGUUGA